AUGCUCAGCCACUUCCUUCUUCUCUCCCUCGCGGCUUCUACCGUAGUCGGCCUCUCCUGCUAUGGAUACGACGACUACUUUGCAGUCGUCGAGACGGUCCAUCAUCGGAAGUUCUGCACCGCCAUCUACGAAGUCUCCGACGGGAUCGGAUCUUUCGGUGGUGGCUUGCGUCACCCAUCCCGUAUCCCUAACAUCGUCAACAUGACAAAGGGAGACGACUGCGUCCUCCAGCACGUCGAUAGCAAUCUGAAGGGAGUCCCCUCUUCGGACAUCUGGCUCUGCUAUUGCUACGAGAACAUGUGCAACUACCCCUUCACCUGGAAGGAAUUUGAGAGCCGUGGCCACACUCUCAAGCCAAAAUAUUCCAAGGGAUUGAAGGAUCAUUGA